AAUCCUCCAGACACCAAACGAAAAUUAGGUCUCACUAUCUCCUCUCAGAUCCCAAUCCCCAACCUUCUCUCCAUAAGUCUCUCCUCUGUCAAGCUUCCAAAAUUCUCUCCUCUGUAAGUCUCCCUCUCUCACACUCGGCCCUCUAGAUCCGUUCAACCCCACCGAACUCAGCCUCUACAAGAACUCAGCUCUCGACUUUCUCUCCCUAACGACCCCGCUGAACUCAGCUUCUGCAAGAACCAAGCGACCCCGUCGAAGCAAGAACCAGGCGACCACACAGUCUCUUCCCACACAGUCUCUUCCGCUUUCUCUGAGGAAUAAGGGCCUAAGCUAAUGAGAGGCGUCCACGGCUGGAGAAGACGAUGAGAGCAACCUCAGCAUCGCACAAAACAGAUAACUCAUAAGCUUUCUUAAGCAAACCAUUACGUCGUUUACAGAAGACGACAUCCUCCGAUAUUGGGCAGCUCCUAUCAUCCUCUCGGCACACAGAAAUUGAAGGAGUAUCUCUUGGAAAUUCGGUCACCGGUAUAAUAUAAUUUUGUGGCAUCAAGAUGUCAGCAGAUGUGGCUAGAGGUCACGGUGGAGACGCUGGCGGUGAUCCUCCAUCGGAUCCUACUAGGAUCCCGACUACAUGCGACUCAGGAAUCCCAACUAAGAGAAAGGGUCGUGGCGCAGCUAUUGGAAAAGAUCUAGAGGAGAGGCGGCGUAAAAAUGGAAAACCACUGGAAGUAACGUUUUGCCCACGAACGUACAAGGUUGUUGGGGGCGAGCACGCUGCUUUUGUCCGCCUUGUGGGAACCCAAAUUAAAACGAAAGUUCCCGGACAUUACGGUUCAUGGGAAUUAGUGCCUAAACAAUACAAGGAUCAGGUCCUUGGCAUAAUUCAGUACUAUUAUCAAAUAGCGGGCCGCGAGGAUUUCUUAAAGUGUUUAGAUGGUAUCGAUCGAGAGAUGAAGGACCGAUACCGUAAUAGGAAAACACUAAAUCACGAACACUUUGAGAAACACUACAAUGGACCGGAGGAUUGGGAUAAGGUUCUAAACAACCCAACCAAUGAUGUUAACAAGGAGGAGUGGAAGCAGAUCUGUCAGUUAUUUACAAGUCCACAAUUUAUUGUGCGCUCCAUAAAGAAUAAGGAAAAUCGGAAGAAACAAAAGUAUUCUACAACGCAGGGUACAAAAUCGCUGGUAGCCGUCCGUUUUGAAAAAACGAACCCGGACCUCAUUGAGUCAUGGAAGGAUUAUCAUUGGAAGAAAUCAACAAAUGAUUUUGUGAACGAUGAUGCUCGUCAAGAUUAUGAAAAACUGAAGGCUGAUUUUGAGUUACAAACUCAGCAAACAUCCACUGAUGCUUCUAAUAAUGAUAGUCCGACAUCAGUUGAUCAGGUGGAGGUGCUACAAAAAGUGUUAGGCCAAAGGCGUGGACAUGUGCGAGGAGUGGGCCGCAAAUUGAAGGGGUCGGGGUCGGGGUCGAGGUCGGGGUCGGGGUCGGGGUCGGGGUCGGGGUCAUCAUCUACCCAACACUCUCACUUCAGCGAGUCUCAAGUUCCUCCUCAUCAUUCAAGAGAAUAUAUAGAAAAAUUGGAGAAUAAUCUACAGAAAUUGACUGAUCAAGUUAAUUUCUUAACUCAAUAUUUUGUACCUUCAUUUCGUCCACCAAACGUUCAGAUGCCGCCUGUGCCUGAUAGUGAUCAUAUUUCUAGGGCUUCGUCUUCUCAACCUCCAGCUCCAACUCAUCCUUCUAUGUACGGGGCAGCGCCGUCUCAACAUAUGGUACCUCCAUAUAUGUACGGAGUAACACCUUAUCCGUGUCCGAUUCCACCGUCCUCCCAGCCAUCGUAUCCCUACAUGUAUGGAGCUGGAUCGUCCACAUUACCUCCCCAAUAUCCUUGGCCGAUGUCGCCACCGCAGCAAUCACAACCCUAGCCACCGCAACAACCACAACAAGAAGACAAUAGGGAGGAGGACGAGACAGCUGAUUUAGGAGACUAGGUUUAUUUUAUUACUAAUUAUUGUUAAAUUUUAUGAACAAUAUGAAUAUUUGCUAUGUUAAUGUAUUAUGAAUAUGUACAACCCUAGCCACCGCAACAACCACAACAAGAAGACAAUAGGGAGGAGGACGAGACAGCUGAUUUAGGAGACUAGGUUUAUUUUAUUACUAACUAUUGUUAAAUUUUAUGAACAAUAUGAAUAUUUGCUAUGUUAAUGUAUUAUGAAUAUGUACAAUUAUUAUUUUAAUAAACUUAUUUGAAUAUUUAAUAUAAUAUUUUUAUUUUUAA